GGGGUUAGCAUAGCUCAGGGCGCGGCCAAGGCGCCCAGAUGGCCUACGGGCGCCACCGCGUCCCCGUCCCAGCCCGGGAGCACAUCAGAGGCUUAAAGGCGAGUGGGAGGGGACCCAGAAGCGGCGCAGGGCGAGAAAAGCCCGCGGCACCAAAGCCCCUCGGAGCGCCGUCCCCAUCUCCAGUUCUAGAAAGUCAGUUUCCGGGCACUGACACCCAGGAACCCCAGGGGCUGCCGAGCUGGGGGGGCGCUCGAGCUGCGAGGAUCCGGGCUGCCCGCGAGACGAGGAGCGGGCGCCCAGGAUGGGGUGCGUGAAGUCCAGGUUCCUCCGGGCCAGAGACAACACAUUCUCAAAAACUGAACCCAGCGCCAACCCGCACUGCCCUGUGUACGUGCCGGAUCCCACAUCUACCAUCAAGCCGGGGCCGAACAGCAACAACAGCAGCCCACCAGGAAUCGGGGAGGCAGGCUCAGAGGACAUCAUCGUGGUUGCCCUGUAUGAUUACGAGGCCAUUCACCACGAAGACCUCAGCUUCCGGAAGGGGGACCAGAUGAUGGUCCUGGAGGAAUCUGGGGAGUGGUGGAAGGCUCGGUCCCUGGCCACCCGGAAAGAGGGCUACAUCCCAAGCAACUAUGUCGCCCGCGUUGACUCUCUGGAGACAGAGGAGUGGUUCUUCAAGGGCAUCAGCCGGAAGGACGCAGAGCGCCAGCUCCUGGCUCCCGGCAACAUGCUGGGCUCCUUCAUGAUCCGGGAUAGCGAGACCACGAAAGGAAGCUACUCUUUGUCCGUGCGAGACUACGAUCCUCGGCAGGGAGAUACCGUGAAACAUUACAAGAUCCGGACCCUGGACAACGGGGGCUUCUACAUAUCCCCCCGAAGCACCUUCAGCACCCUACAGGAGCUGGUGGCCCACUACAAGAAGGGGAGCGAUGGGCUCUGCCAGAAACUGUCGGUGCCCUGCGUGUCUUCCAAACCCCAGAAGCCUUGGGAGAAAGAUGCCUGGGAGAUCCCCCGCGAAUCCCUCAAGCUAGAGAAGAAACUCGGAGCUGGGCAGUUUGGGGAAGUCUGGAUGGCCACCUACAACAAGCACACCAAAGUGGCGGUGAAGACGAUGAAGCCAGGGAGCAUGUCGGUGGCGGCCUUCCUGGCAGAGGCCAAUGUGAUGAAAACUCUGCAGCAUGACAAGCUGGUCAAACUUCAUGCGGUGGUCACCACGGAGCCCAUCUACAUCAUCACGGAGUUCAUGGCCAAAGGAAGCCUGCUGGAUUUUCUGAAAAGUGAUGAGGGCAGCAAGCAGCCCUUGCCACAACUCAUUGACUUCUCAGCCCAGAUUGCAGAAGGCAUGGCCUUCAUCGAGCAGAGGAACUACAUCCACCGAGACCUCCGAGCCGCCAACAUCUUGGUCUCCGCAGCCCUGGUGUGUAAGAUUGCCGACUUCGGCCUGGCCCGGAUCAUCGAGGACAAUGAGUACACGGCUCGGGAAGGGGCCAAGUUCCCCAUCAAAUGGACAGCUCCUGAGGCCAUCAACUUUGGCUCCUUCACCAUCAAGUCAGACGUCUGGUCCUUUGGUGUCCUGCUGAUGGAAAUCGUCACCUAUGGCCGAAUCCCUUACCCAGGGAUGUCAAACCCUGAAGUGAUCCGAGCUCUGGAGCGUGGAUACCGGAUGCCCCGCCCAGAGCACUGCCCAGAGGAGCUCUACAGCAUCAUGACGCGCUGCUGGAAGAACCGUCCGGAGGAGCGGCCGACCUUUGAAUACAUCCAGAGUGUGCUGGAUGACUUCUACACGGCCACAGAGAGCCAGUACCAACAGCAGCCAUAAUGGGCAGGACCAGGACAGGGCCAGGGGCCCAGGUGGUGGCUGCAAGGUGGCUCCAGCACCACCCACCAGGGCCCAGGCCACCUUCCUACUCCCAGACACCCACCCUGGCUUCAGCCACAGUUUCCUCAUCUGUCCAGUGGGUAGGUUGGACUGGAAAAUCUCUUUUUGACUCUAGCAAUCCAUAAUCUGACAUUCUCAGGAAGCCCCCAACUUGAUAUUUCUGUUUCCUGGAAUGGUUGGAUUUCAGUUACAGCUGUGGUUUGGAUGGGAAACUUUCAAAAUAGUGAAAUGAAUAUUUAAAUAAAAGAUAUAAAUGCCAAAAUCUUUACC